AUGACAAAUGAUAUAUUAUCAUUUAAUAAGAAAAAUACAUUAGAUCCUGUUGAUUUAAUUAACACUAACGAUCAGGGCAACUUACUUUUUAGCAAUGAACUGAUAAAUUUAGUAGAAUUAUUUCAAAAAGAGAAUACAAUAGCAGCCCAAGCAGUGGAUCUAUAA